AUGCCUCCCCACCCGGGGGCCGGCGGGGGGGGGCAUCCCCAAUGGGGCACGCUCAGGGGGUCCACAGGGCGUCGGGUCGAGUGUGCGCGGACCCAGGCGGGGGCGCCCACCCAACAGGUGCCUCUUUCUGGCAGGCGGUCUUGGCUGGGAGAGCUGCAGAGGGAGAACGCCGUGGGAGGGAUUCCGGCCUGCAGCUCCCCCUGCCCCCUCAGCGCCCCAGCCCCCAGCCCUGCUGGCUCUGCACCUUACCGAGUGGGCUCAGUGAUCGCGUUCCGGUCGGGGUCGCGCCGGCGGUUGGAGGCUCCAGCCGCCGGCCUGCUCGCCCGCGGAGCCUUCAAGGCAUGCUUAGGCUGCGUUUGUCUUUCCCCAGGUCCGGGGGAACCAGUGCAAACUGCAGGGUUGGGCUUGAGAAGAGCUCAUCCUCCUUGGCCUGCAGGCCUGUCGCCCCUGUGGCCGCUGCAUUUGGAACUAGUGGCGUGGACACGCACGUUUCAAGGAGCCGGGGUUUCCUGCGAGGCUAAGCGCCGAGAAACGUCAGGAACGCGGCCUUGGGCCCGAGGGCCGGUCCCCGGAAAGCGGCCGCUGCGCAGGCCGAGGGCUCCCCGGACGCGGUCGGUGCUGGGGCUCCCGGGCGCCGGGGAGGCGGAGCAGCGCGCGGGCGGCGAGGGGGCGCUGUGGCCCGCGGCUGCGGCCUUGUCCCUGCAGCGGUGGCCCGGUCGCUGUCCCUGGCCACCGACGGGCGGCAGGCGCCCCUGCCCCGGUGCGACCUACCUCUUCCCAGAUCGCUUUAAUUCGAGGAAGAAGGAAAAUUAUACUGGGGCAUUUCAAUAAAACCUGCGCCACACACCAUCUCUUUCUCAUUCUGUCAUUACCCUGGCCUUCGGUGGAGUUUCUAUGAGUUUGGUGGGAAAAUAGCUACCAUUUUGGAGUGUGCAAUUUUUUUUGUCAGUUAAGAUUAAAUAUACACGUAUUACCUGGGUUCCCCUUCACGACGGAGCCUUGACAAUGGAAGUCGUUUCUCUGUGUGGGAGCGUUUGCCUAUUGUCUUCCUAAUCCAGGGUGCCGCCCCUCUCGGGACUUCCUGGCGCGAUUGCGGAGGGACUGACAGCGAGAAAGAGAAAAAAGGGACCAGA